GCAGUAUUGCCAACAUUAUUAGCAAAAUCCUAAUAGGAUGUUUUGAUUACUGCUUGUAAAUUCCCAUUUCCCUUUCGCCCAUAAUAUAGGCAGGCAAUGUCAGGCUUUACAACGGAAUAAUGGCGGUGUGGAUUAUGAUAAAGUUUUGUUAUUAUAAGUAGUGAAGAAGCGAGGAAGUAUUAUCCUCUCUUCGUUUUUAAUUAAUUAUUAAUGUUUCAUUAGUUAUUUUUUUACCUGUUAAAAUGGUGAGAAGUAGGGACAAGAGAUCUCGAAGUAGAUCUCAAAGCACCGAACGGAAAAGGAGCAGACGGUCACGAAGUCGUGAAAGGACAAAAUCGUCUCGGUACAGGAGGAGUAGAUCUCGUGACAGAGAUAGGGAUCGCGAAAGACAUCGCCGUUCUCACAGCCGGGAUCGGAAACGAGGAGAUGGUAAAAGAUCUUCUCCAUCCAAAUCAAAAAGUAAGUUCAGCCGUGACAGAUCCAAGUCAAAAUCACCUUCCAAAGAUAAGGAUAAAAAAGAUGGCAAAGAAGAAGAAGCAUUUGAUCCUGCAAGUUUGGAUAAAGAAGAAGAACAAAAGCGUCUUGAAGCAGAAAUGCAGAAGAGGAGAGAAAGGAUAGAGAGGUGGAGGGCAGAAAGAAAGAAGAAAGAAUUGGAAAUGACUAAGAAAGACCUGAAAGGCACACUUGUUCCAUUGUUUUCUCCAAAAUAUUGGCUUUGGCAAAAUCCUAAUGUGGAGUUUGAUUAUAAAGUUGGUCUUUUGGAUUACAUUCAAUUAACAAAACUGGAUGGUGUGCAAGAGGAGGUGCGGAGAGUGAACAAACUGGACAAUAAGAAGGGUGAACCAAAAGCAGGAGCUGCCCCAGCCACUAACAAUAGUGGUUCUGGAGUAGUGAUAAUGACUGGAGUCGCAAAGAAGAAAGCAGAUAAACGAAAAGGAGAGCUCAUUGAGCAGAAUCAAGAUGGCCUUGAGUAUUCUUCAGAGGAAGAAGAAGAAGACCUGAAUGUGACUGCUGCUGGUCUUGCCAAUAAGCAGAAGAAAGAAUUAGCAAAAGUUGACCACACCAACAUGGAGUAUCCACCAUUCAGAAAAAAUUUUUACGUGGAAGUUCCAGAAAUUGCUCGUAUGACCCAAGAAGAAGUAGAUGCAUAUAAGGAAGUGAGUAGUCGUGAUCUGAUUGGUAUUGCCAAGACAGGCAGUGGCAAAACCCUUGCAUUCCUGUUGCCGAUGCUGAGACACAUCCUUGACCAACCUCCUCUUGAAGACAUGGAUGGGCCCAUUGCACUGAUCAUGACCCCAACCCGAGAACUGUGUAUGCAGAUUGGGAAGGAAUGCAAGAAGUUCACAAAGAGCCUUGGUCUACGUGCGGUGUGUGUGUAUGGAGGAACGGGCAUCUCGGAACAGAUUGCAGAGUUGAAACGUGGUGCAGAAGUAAUAGUGUGCACUCCAGGUCGAAUGAUUGAUCUUCUGGCUGCCAACAGUGGUCGUGUGACAAAUUUACGCCGUGUUACGUACGUUGUUCUGGACGAAGCUGACAGAAUGUUUGACAUGGGUUUUGAACCACAGGUUAUGAGAAUUAUUGAAAACAUUAGACCUGACCGUCAAACAGUCAUGUUCAGUGCAACAUUUCCUAGGCAAAUGGAAGCACUAGCUAGAAGAAUUUUAACAAAACCUAUUGAAGUACAGAUUGGGGGCCGCAGUGUGGUGUGCAAAGAAGUGGAGCAGCAUGUGGUGAUCAUCGAGGAGGAGCAGAAGUUUUUGAAACUGCUAGAGCUCCUGGGCCAUUUCCAGAGUCAAGGCAGCGUCAUAGUGUUUGUGGACAAGCAGGAGAACGCAGACAGCCUCCUCAAAGACCUUAUGAAAGCAUCUUAUCCCUGCAUGUCCUUGCACGGUGGAAUAGACCAGUUUGAUCGUGAUAGCACCAUUGUGGACUUUAAGUCGGGCAAAGUGAAACUGUUGGUGGCCACGUCUGUUGCAGCAAGAGGACUUGAUGUGAAGCAAGCUGGAAACAAAGGUUAUGCUUACACCUUUCUCACACCAGAACAAGAGCGAUAUGCAGGGGAUAUAGUGCGAGCUUUUGAACUUGCUGUAGUUCCUGUGCCUGAGCCUUUAAGAAUACUGUGGGAUAGGUACAAGGCUAAACAAGCUGCUGAGGGCAAGAAGGUUCACACUGGAGGGGGUUUCAGCGGGAAAGGCUUCAAAUUUGAUGAAGCAGAAGCCCAGAUAGCCAACGAGAAAAAGAAGUUCCAGAAAGCUGCUUUAGGCCUUCAGGAUUCAGACGACGAGGACCUGGAGCACGAUAUUGACCAGCAGAUCGAGAACAUGCUGGCUCCCAAGAGGAUUGUGAAAGAAAUUAAGGCACCCAUCGGCAACAUUGGUCCUGGAGCCUCAGGUGGAGUGUUGCCACCUGGACUGGGUCCUUCUACAGAUAAGCUUGAACUGGCCAGGCGGCUUGCCUCACGCAUCAACAUGGCCAAGAAUCUGGGGGUGGAGGCAAAGGGUGCAACUCAGCAGGCAGCUGAGGCCAUCUUGAAGGGCGCAGGCUCUCAGCCACUUAUCACUGCAAAGACCGUAGCAGAGCAGCUUGCAGCAAAGCUGAAUACAAAGUUGAACUACCAGCCCAAGGAGGAGGAUGAGCGUGCCGAAGAGGAGCCUGUGGAGACCUUCAGGAAGUAUGAGGAGGAACUGGAGAUCAAUGACUUUCCUCAACAGGCUCGCUGGCGGGUCACUUCCAAGGAGGCACUUGCUCAGAUCAGUGAAUACUCUGAAGCUGGCAUUACUGUGCGUGGUACAUUCUAUCCUACUGGCAAGCAAGUGCCUGAAGGGGAGCGGAAAUUGUACCUCGCGAUUGAGAGCACCAAUGAACUUGCUGUAUCAAAGGCCAAGAUUGAAAUUACUCGACUAAUUAAGGAAGAGUUGCUCAAGUUGCAGAGUUCUGCUCAUCACCUGAUGAACAAGGCGAGAUACAAAGUUGUGUAAUUCUUUGGUUGACUUGUAUUGUAGUUCAUUCAAAAAUAACUACAAUUAUUUGAACUGAUAUGACAAACAAAAUAUUUUGUGUAUUGCCAAUGACCAUUGUCUUCAAUGAAGUAUUUUCACUUGAGUUGCAAUUUAGUUUGUAAUGUGUGGUGUAAGAAUUAGUAUGAAAAUGAAUAAUCCUUUGACAUAUGUACAACAUUCCAUUUGUUAGGAAAAGUAACAAAUUUAAGCAAGUUAUUAUUGAAGACUUCAAAAAAGAUCAAAAGAUUUUUGUCCUUUGAUGUUCGAAGAACUGUUGUUUGCUAGUUCUUGAACUUAGAUUUCAAUGAUGUGGCAAAAAUCAAAUUGAGUUAUUGAAACUACUUGCUCGUGUAUUUCACCAACAAAACCUAUUUUUCAACUUGCUAGUAUCCACGAAUGUAGCUGAGACUGUUAAGAGAAAUGCUUUGUCUUCUUAGUCUGUUUUUAGGAAGUGGAUUAAUGCAUUGGAGAAACAAAAAUGUGUGUCAGAAUGCUAAAUUUACUACUUUUAAUUUUAAUAUCACGUAUUGGAAAAAUCUUCGACUUUUAAUUUAAAUCGGUUCAUUUUUUGAGUUCAUGAUUUAAAACUAUAGUUUUCAACAUUUUAAAACUCAGUUUUAUAUAUUUUCAAUUCUUUCCUUUUGAUGAGACAUUAUUUGCAUCUUCUCUUCAUGCAAUGAGUGUAAAUGAAAUUGGAGUCGUAAAAUAUGCAGCAAGAUGGAACAGCAGUUUCGAAAACCUAUAAUGAAGCUCAGGAAUAUUCUUUUCCAGUUUUUUAUAAGAAUAAUUUUUACCAGUACUUGUGUUACAUGUUUAAUGUUAGGUAACAUUGAUGAAAAAUUAUAAUAAUUAAGAAUGAAAUAAAAAUCACUUGAAACUUUUUACUGUGCACUAUCAAGGAAGAAAUUAUAAUUGGCAAUAACAGGCAUGAGAAUUUGUAGUAUUUUUUCUUCUUUCCAAUUCUUUAUUUGGAAUAUAAAACAUCUGUACAAUAAAUAUGAUUUUUCCUGCUGUGGAAUGUUGUGUAAAAUAUUUUAUUAUACUAUCUUCCUCAAUACACAAACUGUAAAUAAUACACUCAAACUUAAUAAAAUAAAAUGAGAAUAUUUUUUGUUGCAA